UAUUUAUCAGUACCUUAAUAAAUAGCCCUUCUGUAUUCAUUUUCUUGUGAAAAGAAACAUGGUUUUGAGGGUAAGAACGAGUCAAAAGGUUAACUUCCCGACAGAAAAUAAAGGAAAAGUUAAGAUCCCACUCACCUAUAUCAAACACUUUUUCUCAAGAUAUUGGCUACGAGACAGUACCUAGUUUUGGUCCAAGCAAUUGAAACAUCAUCAUCAGUGAAAUGGGUUCUCUAAUGGCAGGAUGGGAUUCUCCUGUAUCGGCUUCUAAAUCAGCAACAAUCCAAAGGAAUCGAUCACUUACCAAGGAAGAGAUUGAAGCUUACUGGAAAUCAAAGAAGAAAACUGAGGAAGAUCAUCUUAAGGCUAUUUAUAGUCCAUCAGAUAGCUCCAACCAGCUGGGCUAUGGAAGGAGCAUUAUGAGAUCAAGCUCCAUGCCUUCACCUCAUACAGAACAGGGUUUCCUUCACAUGGACGCCGAAACAAGCCUGGAGGAUAUCGUAAAGAAAAAUGGGUGGUGGACACGAAGCAAUUGGGCAUUCUUGAAUGAACCUUCCGUUCUUGAUGGCCCUACUAAUAGUUACACAUCGCAGUUCCACAUUGCCAACCUUGCUGCUUCCAAGCUUAACAAAGAUAGAGGAAUCAGUGCUUAAUCUUUACCUCCUAAACCUAUAUUUUUUUCAGCGUAUUUGUCUACCUAAUCCGCAUGUAGUUAUGUUCUACAAAGUUGUAAGAACAUUUAUGUGUUGGGUGUGUCACCUGGUCAGGAGUCAUAUGUGAUCCAGGCUUUCAAUUCUUUAAUGUAUGUAUACAUCCCACACAUAUUCAGGCAUAUGUAUGAAAAUAAAAUCUUUCAAAAAAAAUAAAAAUAAUAGAACAUAACUAUUCCAUA